AUGAGCUUCUACAAUCGAUUAGCUCUAGCUUCAGGAUUGAACUUCUUCUUAAGAUCCAUUACUUUCAUCCUUUCACUUUACCUGACUCGCAUUCUUUUACCUUCUCAGAGUGGGGUAGGGUUCAUUUACACAGUUUAUGUCGAUUUAGUGAUCUACAUUGCUAGGGAGGCAAUACGCAGUGUAGUCUAUCGGAUAAACCUUCGAAGUCAAAAAAAUGCUUCUGAUUGUCCCUCACCACAGCAUAAGGAUUCUGAGAAUUUAAGGAAUAUUUUCAGCAGCGAUGAUAACAGUUUUUUUUCAAGAGAAGCAAUACGUCAAGUGGUGAAUCUCUCAGCGCUCUCCGUACCCCUUGUAUUAAUUGUUAUGGCAGCUUUGGAGAUUUGCGUUUCCGUGACUGGACUGAAUAUAUUACCUUCUCUUUUGUCCAAUGCUCAAGAGACCAUAUUGCCACCCCCAUUAACCCAGAACCAAGUUCAAGGGAGUAGGCUUCGGUAUUUUGCUGCACAGUUUAUCAUUCCUAUUUUACCAGAACUUAUAGUGUGGUUUAGUACUAUAGUCAGAUCUCUUUCUGAGCCAUGCGUUGCUCUUGUCCAUGCAUUGGACAUGAUGCAUAUUGUCGUAGUAGCCGAGUUUGCAUCAAUUGCCGGCCGUCUGUUGACCACUAUUUCCAUGGUGCAUUUCUAUAGUCUUCAUUCGUCAUGGCGCACGCGUAUGAUCUUCGCGCUUGGGCAGCUGGUUUGCUCAUUGGUAAAUAUAGUCUAUUAUGGGUUAUUAUGCUCUGGCAGGCCUUUCCUAUGGCGCUAUUUAGGUGGGAGCACAACCCUGGAUCAGCUCCGGGCGGUAUCUCUUUCUAAAAGUGUGUCACAAGGGUGGUGGCGGGGAAUCUUGCCCUUCCCUUGGUGUGAUAUCGAGUAUAAAAAAAUGGCUUUGACUUGUGCUUCUCAGUUUCAUCUUCUUAAAUCGUUCUUUUUUGAAAGCCUGUUGCGGGUGGCACUUUCGGGUGGCGAGAGCGUUGCGUUGAGCGUGAUGGGGACGGCCACAGACCGAGGGAUUUAUCAGCUCAUCAUAAACCUUGGCUCUACGGUUGUGAGACUUGUUUUUCAUGUCUGGGAGAGCGGCUGUUUUGUGCGGUGGAGCCAAGAUGUAGCCCGAGGUCGAAUUGAUAUCGCAAUGGACUUGCUUUGUGUAAUGCUGCGACUUGCUUUUUAUCUUGGCUUUAGCUUUACACUAAUAGGCUCUCAAAUGGCACCCUUUAUUUUGAAAACACUCUAUUCCAGCCACUGGACCAGCGCUGAUGCUAUAUACUCGCUCAAAUGCUACUUCUGUUCAUUGCCUUUAACGGCUAUUUUAGGUCUUUUGGAAACAUUCUUGCGUGCUGUUGCGUCCCCUGCGAUGCUACGUCGUCUUCAACACGUAAUGGCUGCUGGUUCGUUUCUCUAUAUAUUUGCGUGUUAUUUACUAUUGCGCUACUGCAACAAGCAACAUGGCGAUUUAGACAAAAAAGAUAAUGCCAAUCACGAAUCAAAGACCGUGGUCUACCUCAUUGCAGCUAGUAUUGCCAAUACGGGGUGCCGUAUGUGCUGUGUGUUUUAUUUGCUUACUUGUAGUAAUCAGAGGCCGAGAGGUGGAUAUCGAAAAAAAUCUGACUUACAUCAUGAUGCGUCCCUUUCCUUAUCGGGCGAUGAAAAGUCUACUAGAGAUUCUUCGAACCCAUCACAUUCCAAUACGGGAGCAGGUGAAGAGGCUGAACACGGUGCUAUUCUGACCAUUAAGACUCUAAAAAAGGCAUCAAUUAGCCCCUAUUUGAUGGGUUAUCUUGUUCUGCUGCUCACUUAUAACGCUUUCACACCCUUCUCAUUUCCCAAAGUUAUAGCAGCCGGAAUUUUGUACGCGGCUGGUAUAUUAUAUUGGGAUAAUGCGGUGUUUUCCUUUUUUCAGAGUACUUUAACAUCCCGGUUGGCACAUAAUGGAAAAUCAGGUUAA